AUGGAUGCCUCCAGCCCGGUGCCACCGAGCCUCAAGCCUCCUCCCCCUCCGCCUUCCGCGCUCGCCUCGACUCCUGCUACCAGCAAUACCGCCGCUAUAAAUAACCACAGUCACCGCUCGCCGUUACCUCCGAACACAUACCCUUCGAUCAUGUCUACAUCUCCCAGCAGCACGCGCAAGCGUUCAAUACAAGAUGAUGAGAUGGGCGGGAUGGACUCAGAAAAUGGCGGGUCGGUCGUCCAUGAAUUGACCAUGGACAUCGAUACCGAGACGACCGAAGAUAGCGCAGGGGAUCGUCCCGGCGUCUCCGUGCAACAGCCUCCGACGACAGAUAGUGCGCAUGCUGGCUUGUCUGCAUCAGGCGACGGAACUGGGUCUUUUACGGUGCCAGCGGCCAAGAAGAGGAAGCUUUCUCCCACCAGCAAGGAAACCAAGCAACAAGAGAAGGAGGCCAAGGAGCGGCAGAAGCAGCAAGAGAAGGCGCGGAAGGUGGAGGAGAAGGAAGUCAAGGAGCGGCAGAGAAUAGAAGAAAAGGCGAAGAAGGACGAGGAAAAGCGCAAACGCGAGGCCGAACGGGAAGAAGAGAAGCGGGCCAAAGAGGAAGAACGCAAAAAGCGAGAUGCCGAGAAGGAGGAAAAGCGAAAGGUGAAGGAGGAGGAGAAGGCCGCAAAGGAGGAAGAAAAGAAGAAGAAAGAGGAGGAGAAGUCGAGGAAGGAGAGAUCACAAACGAAGCUGAAUUCUUUCUUUGCCAAACCCAAACCCGCCAUCGCCUCCUCGAAUCCCAGUUUGACCACCAACAAAACCAUCUCACUCUCACCUCAGAGAACGACCGGCGCUGGCGCUGCACCCGAAUCCUUCCAUGACCCGGCUCCCUCCGCUGUAUCCGACUACCAGCGCGAUUUCCCUGAUUUCUUCUUGCAGUCGCACACCAAAGUUGCGCCGCCCCAUCAGUUCCAGCGUGAUGCCAAAGCUCUUCAUCAUACCCAAGAAAAGGUAGAUGUCUACCUGAAAUCCAACGCCACCGCCCCGCCUUCCGCAUUUCGUCCCUCCGAGCUAUUCAACCUCAUCCCAUACAGACGCCGGUGUGGGAGAUUGCCUGCCUCGGUAAAGGAAAUCCUAAUUCAGAUGCAGAAUCUGGCCGACCAGGCCGGACCUUCCGAGGAUGCCCAGAGAAAGCCGCGGGAGCUGCUGCGGCAAGUAACAAUGAAAUCUUUCAGGUUUGGGGAGGAUGUGCGCCCACCCUAUCAGGGCACAUUUACCAAGCGUCUACCCGAGGCAGCUGCCCAUCGGCUGAUGCGCAACCCUUUCCGCCGAGGAUUACCAGAGAUCAAUUACGACUAUGACUCGGAGGCCGAAUGGGAGGAGCCCGAAGAAGGCGAGGAGCUCGACUCGGAGGAAGAGGACGAGAUGAGCGAGGAUGGCGAGGACGACAUGGAUGGUUUCCUAGAUGACGAGGAUGACCACCUUGUUGACGGCAAACGACGCCUCAUCGUGGGCGACCUAGAACCUGUUAGCACCGGCAUCCGAUGGCAGGAACAAGGCGUGGACUCCGAGCUGCAGAUGUACAAAUUGGAAACGAUUUCCGACUCGGUGCCUUUCCCUAUCGAUCCGUUCUCCACCGUGUAUUGGCAAAAACCUAAGCCUGCAGAUUCCGUGCCGGGCGCUGCGGGUCUAGGGCGGUCGACGCUGCAUACCUUCAUGGGCCAGGCGGUCCCUGGCUCCCACAAGGGCUCCCCUGGAGGAGGAUCGACGGCGGACGGGGGCGCUUUUGCGGUGGUGACAGCGGGACGAACGAAACAGCGGACGUUUCCGGCCGAGCAGCUGGGUGAGUUCAAGCAGGUGGUGGAUGGCAGUGACCUGACCAAGCUGGGAUUGCUUGAAAUCUUGAAGAAACGGUUCCCGAAGGUCUCGAAGGACGUCCUGAAAGAUACGCUGAACAGCGUGGCCACGCGAGUAGGACAGAAGGAGGCUGACAAGAAAUGGGUCUGUAACUAG